UGCCUGCCACCCCAAAAUUCACCUCACCAGAAAAAAACCCUAAUUCUUUGCGACCUUCAAUCUUCAUAAUGGUGAGAGAAGAGCAACCCAACAAGCUGCGAUGGGGGGAGCUGGACGAGGACGACGGCGAGGAUUUGGAUUUCCUGCUGCCGCCGAAGCAGGUCAUUGGUCCCGACGAGAGCGGGAUUAAGAAGGUGAUUGAAUACAAGUUCAGCGAUGACGGAAACAAGGUUAAGAUUACCACCACCACGCGCAUCCGGAAGCUCGCCAACGCCCGCCUCAGCAAGCGCGCCGUCGAGCGCCGCUCCUGGCCCAAGUUCGGCGACGCCGUGCACGAGGCCGUGGGUGCCCGCCUCACCAUGGUGUCCACGGAAGAGAUCAUCCUCGAACGCCCCCGCGCUGCUGGUACAAAAGCAGAGGAAGCUAAGGCUGCUGGCGAUCCUUUAGCUCAAAUGGGGAAAGGAGGAGCUGUACUCAUGGUUUGUAGAACGUGUGGGAAGAAGGGUGAUCACUGGACCUCGAGAUGUCCAUACAAGGAUCUCGCUCAACCAAGUGAGACGUUUGUUGAUAAGCCACCAACUGAAACCAAUGCUGCACCAGGUAGUACUAAGGGGGCUUAUGUUCCUCCUAGCAUGAGAGGAGGUGUUCCUGAGAGGAGUGGUACUGACAUGCGCCGCAGAAACGAAGAGAACUCAGUCAGGGUUACCAACCUUUCUGAAGACACAAGAGAGCCUGACUUGCUAGAGCUUUUCCGGCCUUUUGGUUCAGUGAGCCGAGUUUAUGUUGCUAUUGAUCAGAAGACUGGGACAAGCAGAGGUUUUGGUUUUGUCAAUUUUGUCAACCGAGAAGACGCUGAGAGAGCCAUCAACAAGCUUAAUGGGUAUGGAUAUGACAAUCUCAUCCUAAGAGUUGAAUGGGCUGCUCCUCGGGCCAACUAGUUUCUGGAACGAGUAAAAAAGCGCAUACACAUUCUUAGUCCUUGAGGAGACUAGUGGAGAAGAUGGCACAUUCGAUUUUGUUUGUUAGCCGUCGUCUGAUGGUUUUAUUUAUUACAUUCGACAAGUAUAAUCUUCAAGUUUUUGUGAGAUAUAUUCGACUUGCUUGUGGCAGAGGCCUCAUCUUCUCACACAUGCAUCUUUUACUAAGUAAUUUUGAUGACUGGUGUUUUUCA